AUGAAACUUCUUCUCCUGACCGUCGUCCUGGCUGCGGCCUCCGCCGCCCCCCAGCAGCAGCAACCGCCCAUCGCCAUCGUCCUGGACGACCGAUCUGCGCCCGAGAACGGCGCCUACUCCUUCCAGUUCCAGGCAGAGAACGGCAUCAGGCAGAGUGAGGCUGGGACGCCAGGGUCAGAGGGACAGUCUAACGUCCAAGGAGUGUUCAGCUUUCCACUAGACGACGGAAGUGUUGCCGAAGUCCGGUACCAAGCUGACGAGAACGGCUUCCAGGUGCAGUCCCCUCUGCUGCCCGUCGCCCCCGAGUUCCCUCACCCCAUCCCGCAGUUCGUCCUCGACCAGAUCGCAUUCGCCGAGGAGCAGGAUCGCCUCGAAGCUCAAGGUCAACUUCUACAGUGAAGCGAGAGACCACAAAGUUUUUGACAUUUUUGUAAAUACAUUAAAGGCGGUUACUGUAAUGAGGGUGAUGAGUCAGCUACUCUAUAUAAAAUAAUCG